CUAGCUUUAGGAACCCUCAGUGAAAAUCAUUUACAUUCUCCAACACAGUCUCACAAUUAAAUAGAUACAAAAAUGGAAUUUCCAAAUGUUGGAGAAAGAUGUUCAAUCAAGGAUUGUAAACAAUUAAAUUUUUUACCAUUUGAAUGCAAUCAUUGCCAUGAUAUAUUUUGCAAGGAACAUUUUCAUAUAGGUUCUCAUAAAUGUUUGGGUUUCCAUGAUAAAAUUACAUACACUAGAGUAAAGGCACCAAACUAUACAUGUUCAGAUGAAUCUUGCAAACAAACUUCACCUAUUGAAAUGCAUUGCAUCAAAUGUAAAAAGCAUUUUUGUUUACAACAUAGAUAUCAUGGCUGUUUAGAGUAUUCUAAUGAAGAAAAAACAACAAAAUUAAAAAAAUGGCAAAUACCAAAAAAACAGUUUGCAGAAGCAAAAGCAAUAGUGGAUCAAGAAAUUUCAGAUACUUUAAAGAAAUCCAAAAAUACAGCAAUGGCCAAUAAAGUAAGAUUAAUGCGUAUAAAAGGUUCUGCUGUUGGUCCUAAAAAUGUACCAAUGAAUGAAAGAUGUUAUUUUCUUGUCCAUCUUCCAACCACAGUAUCUAAUAAACAUAUAGGACCAUCAAAAGGUAUUUAUAUAAACAUGAAUUGGACAGUUGGGAAAGCUAUAGAUUCAAUAGCUGAUGUACUGAAAAUAUCCAAUAAUAAUAAUGUAGCAAGUGCAUGUAAAUUACAAUUAUUUCAUCACUCAACUGGUGCAUUGAUAUGCAAUGACAUGGAUACAGUACUGACAAAAUUAUUUGAAAAUUCUGAACUUAUUGAUGGAGAGAGUGUUAUUUUAGAAUAUUCAAACAACAUGACUGUAGAUACUUCUUUAUAUAAAUAA